AUGGAGCCAAAGCGUUACCCGAUGGACAGUCCGGAGAUGUACCUGCCCGCACCGCCACGUCCCCACUUCCAGCGGUCCCUCCAAGCGGAAGUGCCUGCCUUCCAGGCACAUGCAGCUGGGCCAAACACCAUGGCCGGGAAGACCUUGUCGGACCUGAUCUAUGAAAAGUUGAAGAGUCAGGCACCGGGUCCAGGUCCUUCCCAAGCCGAAGUGGCUGAUGGCCCUGGCACGGAUGGCAUGGAGCAGACCGAGACAAUGGAGGCUUCCAAGGAGGGGGAUUCAGAUCCACUGGCCCGAGGUGUGGUGGGACAAGAUGCUCCGGAGUGCCAAGCAGAGGAGGAGCUUCAAGAAAGCCAGAUGCCAGUGGAGCCGGUGCAGCAGCUGGAAGAAAGGCAUGAUCAUGAAGACUAUGAACCAGCCAAGAUCGAGAAGGAAAUUGAGGUGCCAACGGAUGAGCCGGGCCCAGUGGAUCCAGUGGAUCCAGUGGUUCAAGACCCAGUCUCCUACCCAACCCUCGCAGGCCCCGCUGAAGCAGUGGGUGAGUCAGUGGAUGAUGCCCAGCUUCCAGCGGACACGGAAGGGCAAGUGGAAGAGGUUGAAGCACCGGCACCGGGCUUGGGGGAUGAGCCUCAUCUCACCGACCUGAAACAAUCCUCCGCCACCAGCGAACAGGAGCCCAAAGAGAGCUGCGUCUAUCCAGCAUCGAGCAUGCUCCAGAUGCGCCUGACCAUGCCUUCGAAGGGCGAAUGCCUGGGCUUCAAGGUCACCCACGUGAAGGAUGUGCUGCCCAAGAGAGAGGAGGUCACGAAACGAGAGCGUGGAGAGCGCGGGGCCAAAGCAGAAAAGAAGAAGAAGUCUCAGGCAGUCGAGACAGACGUCACCUGCCUGACGGUCAAGAGCUUGAAGUCCGUGCUGUUCCAGGCCUUAAGUUCCCAGAACAGGUUGGAAAAGCGAGGAGAGUUCAAGAUAGCGCGGGUCAAGACCCUCCGCGCCAUGGAUGUCCUCCUGGAGCAGAUGCGCGACGGAGUUCGUGGUCACAUCGAACCCCAAGCCGCGCGCAGCAUCCAAAAGCAGUGGCGUCUCCACAAGCGCCAGGUGGAGAGCAAGAAGCGCCAGGCAAAACGUGAAGCCGAAGGCAAGGCCCACAAGGAGGAGCUUCGGGAGACCAUGAAGAAAUUAGCUGAGCAGCGGCAGCAGGAACAGACACAGCCUGUGAAAGCCAAGCCGCAGGGUCCUGCGCGUCACUUGGCUGUGGCCUUGUCUCAGGUGGCGGCUUCCUCCAGCACCUCACCCCUGGUGGAUGUCAGUAGCAGUGAUGAUGAGGCCUUGGGAAAGGCGGAGCCGGACCCUGAAGCCGCACCUGGCUUGGUGCCUCAAGAGGAGGGGAAAGCAGAUGGGAAGAUUUUGAUGGAGCUGCUGAGCCCCAAAGGACCCAGAGAUGAAGCCAGAAAGUCUGAUGAUGAGGCUGAUGGGCUCUCGAAAAGAAUGGAGCCGCAGCAGUUGACAGAAGGACGGUUGGAGGGCAAGGCUAUUUUGGAACAGAUCGUUCCGCCACUAGUGGAGUCGCCUCUGCCGGCUCGUUUCUUUGGGGAGUUGGAGACCCUGCCAAUCCCCACCCGAGCCUCUGCCUCCGCAGCCUCAGCGGGAUCAGAGUGUGGCUCUGCUUUAUCUGAUGAGCGGGAGCAGCAUCGCGAACUGCUGAGGGCACAAAUGAGGGCACUGGCUGAAGCGCGACAGGUGGAGGAAGCCAAAUCCAAGCGGCGCCUGGCCAUAAAGCAGCUGCGUCAGAAGGUGGGCCCUCGCCCCGCCGAUCAAACGCUGCAUGGCCUGCUGAGCCGCUGUGAUGGUGAUGUCAAUCGCGCAGCCACAGCCUUUUGGAAUGGACUGCCCUAUGCAUGA